CAUGAUUUUGAUUGAUCGAGAACCAUACUAGUAUUGAAAUGGAAAGGAAGAAAGAGAAAGAGAGAGAGAGAGAGAGAGAGAGAACAACAGACGAUUAAUCUCUCACUGUAGUUGCUGAACCAGAUGGGCAGUCGCCGUGUCCUCUCUCUCUCCUCGACUCCAUCACUCCUCGUCGUACUCUUCUGUUUUGGUCCUUUCUCGCACAUCAAUGCCAGAGUUAAUCUCACCGGACCUUCUUCCACACCGAUCAAUCGCGAUCUCUACCAUACCAGCGACGCUUUGAUGGAACAAAUAAAAGCUCUGGUCCAUCCUCACCCAGACAAACUCUAUAUGGAGACCUUUAGAAGUAAAAAUAAGGGCUACCAUGCAGAGAUGACUGUGGUUACUUAUUGCUGGAAUCGGAAACAGAUUGAUGACAAGUUGAAGUAUCGGAUACUUCUUAGUUUUGGGCAGCACGGGAGGGAGCUCAUUACAUCUGAGCUUGCAUUAAGGAUCCUGUCCCUCUUAAGCAAAGAGCAAUCUCUACCCAACGUAGAUCCACUUUCUUUACACAACUUAUUUGAGAGGCUUGUGAUAAAGGUGGUGCCAAUGGAAAAUAUGAAUGGUCGCGAACUUGUUGAAGCAGGAGAUCUUUGUGAGAGAAGAAAUGGAAGAGGAGUUGAUCUCAAUCGAAAUUGGAGUGUAGAUUGGGGCAAGAAAGAGAAGGAUUAUGAUCCAUAUGAAGAAAAUCCGGGAACAGCUCCUUUUAGUGAGCCUGAGACUCAAAUGAUGAGGAAACUCUGUCUAUCAUUUGAACCACAUAUAUGGAUUAAUGUGCACUCAGGGAUGGAAGCGUUAUUUAUGCCCUAUGAUCACAAAAACACGACACCUGAUGGAUUACCUUCUUAUAGAAUGAAAUUGAUGCUUCAAAGGUUGAACCAUCUUCAUUGCAAAGGCCGUUGCUUGGUUGGAUCAGGAGGUGGCUCUGUUGGGUAUCUAGCCCAUGGGACAGCUACAGAUUACAUGUUCGAUGUCGCAAGAGUGCCCAUGGCUUUCACUUUUGAGCAAAGUUUGCUCCUUAGGUUUGUUAUUGACUGGCAGAUCUAUGGAGAUGGAACAGCUUCCGCAAAAGACUGCUUUAAAAUGUUCAAUCCCAUUGACCAGACUACCUUCAAUAGAGUUCUGAAUGAUUGGUCUGCUGCAUUCAUUGCAAUGUUCAAUAUGAGCACACACCAGCUUGAUGAACUUCGUUCAAAUACCACGGCUUCAAAUCUGGACAAGUUUGUAUCUAUCGAUGACUAUCUAAAUGGGUAUUUAAUAGAUAGGAGAAGUAGAUACGGGAAAAAGAUGGAGGUGCUUGAUCUUGGAAUGCAGGAAAUAAGGACAUAUUUCAGGCUUUUCUUUUUAUCCUCGGUUCUGUUAUUGUUGAUGUUUUGUUAUAGAAUCUCUAAGAGGAUUAGACCUAUCAUUUCUGGUACGACAUUCUGAAAUUUUACCCGUGCUAACGAAAGAGGUGUAAUCUUGUUCGACAGACGUUCAUUUUUAACUUUAUACCAUUAUCAGUUUACUUA